UGUACCGACGCCUGUAUGUGACUGGGCCAUAUAUUUAUGGAUUCCUGCAGCCGAUGUUUGGAAAUUGGGCCUUGCAACGCCUAUUAGGACUCACAGCCUAUCUAGGGAUAAAGCUCGUAAAUUAGAAGAGUCUACAGAAUCAACAUUUCAACGCCAAGAAGCUAUGACGAAUGCGACCAAAAAUCUUACAAAUGCAAUAAGAGAUUUUGUGAAUGAAAGUGAAAACUUGUAUGAGGCAAAACUAGAAGCGCGUGUGAUUACAAGACGUAUAGAAGAUAUAAACCAUGAUAACUGUGAGGAAAAAGCAAUCGAAGAAGAAUUACACUCAUAUGACUUUUAUCCAACUCAUCUCACAAACGUUUUAUCACAACAAACAAUAUCAUUAUUGUCUAUCCUGACGAACUAUUGUGCAAAAUCAAACACCUCUCCUUAUGAUUUCAUUCUAGACCUAUCACCGACAUCCAAAAUAAGGAAUGAAUUCAGUUAUGAACAAUGGUCAGAAUUAUCGAAAAGGCCCGAGGUUGUUAAAAAAACUUUUCAUCAAGAAAUCGAACCAUUUAUUGUGCUUCUAUUUGAAAAUAACGUGAGAAUAAAUGGAUUAAAAAGUAAAAUUUUGAGGUAG